ACGUGAACAGCUGCGACGAUCACAGCUGAUCACAGUCACCCGGCUACAGCCCCUGAGGGCGCGUAAGAAUGAGACUUGUUAUCUUGUGACGUGUGUCUGUCACGUGCAAACACGAGUGUUUGCAGCACUGCAAAGAAGACAUUUAAAUACACGUAUUAUUUUGAUUAGUCAUCCGUGGGAAGUUCAUAAAAACGUCGAGUCACCGAUUUUCAUUGAAAACCAUUCUGUUUCUGUAAAGAACGACAGCUUCAAAAAUAGGACUGUUAAAAAUGGUCACUGGGCGAGCGCUUCAUUUCGUAUUCAAAAUACCGGAUCGCAAAUUAACAGCGAAGUUUUAUCGAGAAAUUCUUGGAAUGAAGGUAUUGCGACACGAAGAAUUUUCUGAAGGCUGUGAUGCUGCUUGCAAUGGACCAUAUGCGAACCGGUGGAGCAAAACUAUGAUAGGCUAUGGACCAGAGGAUACUCACUUUGUGAUAGAAUUGACUUACAAUUAUGGUAUCAAAGAAUACGAAGCUGGAAAUGAUUUUCGUGGUAUAACAAUCCGUUCUAAAGAGGUAAUUGAGAGAGCACGUGCAAAAGAAUGGCCUAUAAAAGAAGAAAGUGGAAAAUUUGUACUGCAAGCACCUGGUGGAUACAAAUAUUACAUUAUUGAUGAGCAACAACCUAUGGACAAAGAUCCAGUGCAAAAAGUAACUUUGUCUAGUUCAAAUCUUCAAAAAACUAUUGCUUACUGGAAAGAUAUUUUGGAUUUAAAAGUUUUCAAUCAAACUGAUAAAAGUGUUUUGCUGGGGUACAAUGAGAAUCAGGCUAAAGUUGAAUUUGAAGAUAUUGGUACUGAGGUUAAUCAUGCUAAAGCCUAUGGACGUAUAGCAUUUUCAGUUCCUAAAGCAGAACAACCAGAAAUUCAAAAAAGAAUCAAUGAAAGUGGCAAUAAAAUACUGACAGAUCUGAUUACUUUAGAUACACCAGGAAAGGCCUCUGUGACCGUUAUUAUUCUCGCAGAUCCUGAUGGACAUGAAAUUUGCUUUGUCGAUGACGAAGGUUUUCGUCAGCUAUCAGUUCCGGACUAUCCGAGUGAACAAAUUUUGGACAGAUAUAUCAAGAAAGAAACAUGAAUUAUUAAUUUAUAGUUUCGAAAUUAAUGUUUCUUCAGUGCUGGGAAUGAUAUAUAUUUCAGUAUUAAUAGUUCUUAUUUCCUAGAAAAAAGAAGGUGAUGGAGUACACAAAUACAAAUUAUUUUUAAUAAGCAAAGAAUGAAUUUUUAACAAUUCACAGCGAUCUUGAAUACUCGUUAAUAUUUUACAGUUUAUAUACUAUAUGUUGUUUUAUAAUUCAUAUAUGUUUCUAUAAAAUGUAUGUUCUAUGGUGAAGGUGAUUAUACGAGAUAAAAUAAAAGUUUCAUUAUAAAA